CCGCGCGAGUAAACGCCACUUGUUCUGACCCAUGCCUUUUCGUCGUUGUUUCUUCUUUACCCUCUUUUUUUUCUCCACUUCUCUUCUGUAAUCUUAUACUUUACCAAAUCUUUCUCAAACACAACACACCUAUAUAUACCAAGAAGAUUAGAACAUAAAUAUAAACUCAACCUUAAAUUUUUAAUCUAACUUCCAAUUUACAAUACAACUACUUUUCGCCUGCUUCGUCCUCAAUCAAUCAUGUCUUCUGUCUAUCUCUCUCCUGCUUCUGCUGCUCUAUGCAAUUCACAAGCUAGCUUAAACAAUGACUCGUGGAAUGGAUUGCAUGGAACAAAGCUAAGUUUGGCUGGAGGAUUGAAAUCAAAUGUAUCAAUGGUUUGUUUAGGAAGCAAAUCAUUGGGCAAAUUCAAGGGCAAAUUUAGAACUAGGGCUGCUCUUGUUUCUGGAGAAGGUGACCUCUUGUCUUACUCUAGCAACAAUGGUAUGUUGGGUCAAACUGCUCUCAACAAAGAUCAAUCACAUGGAGUUGAGAUGCAAGCCGAUGUUGUAGCUUUGGGGGCACUUUCUGCGGAUACUGCACCUACAUCUGUGGGCUUUGCAAUCGAUAAUGAUGAGUGUGAUUUGGAUCGCCCAACUCCAGGUUUUGCUUCCAUUGCUGAGGCUAUUGAAGAUGUUCGUCAAGGAAAGAUUGUGAUUGUUGUAGAUGAUGAAGAUAGGGAAAAUGAAGGAGAUCUGAUAAUGGCUGCAGAGUUAGCAACACCUGAGGCUAUGGCCUUCUUUGUGAAGUAUGGAACUGGGAUUGUGUGUGUCAGCAUGAAAGAAGAUGAUCUACAGAGGUUACAAUUGCCUCUAAUGGUGGCAAGCAAAGACAAUGAGGACAAGCUUUGCACUGCAUUCACAGUUACAGUGGAUGCGAAACAUGGUACGACCACCGGUGUGUCAGCUCAUGAUAGGGCAACUACCGUAAAGGCCUUGGCAUCGAUGGACUCCAAGCCCGAGGACUUUAACCGCCCUGGCCAUAUAUUUCCAUUGAAGUAUAGAGAGGGUGGUGUUCUGAAGAGAGCUGGACACACUGAAGCUUCUGUCGAUUUUGCCAUGCUAGCUGGAUUAAAUCCUGUUGCAGUUAUUUGUGAGAUUGUGGAUGAUGAUGGUUCAAUGGCUAGAUUGCCCAGGCUUCGUGAAUUUGCACAGAAGGAAAACCUCAAGAUAGUAUCCAUUGCAGAUCUAAUAAGGUACCGAAGAAAAAGAGCCUUAUUAAUAGAACGUUCUUCUGCUGCAAGGAUCCCUACAAUGUGGGGGCCUUUCACAGCUUACUGUUACAGGUCAUUUCUGGAUAACAUAGAGCAUAUUGCAAUGGUUAAGGGAGACAUAGGGGAUGGACAGGAUAUCCUAGUAAGAGUUCAUUCAGAAUGCCUUACAGGAGACAUAUUUGGUUCAGCCAGAUGUGACUGCGGAAACCAGCUUGCGCUUGCAAUGAAGCAGAUAGAGGCUGCUGGUAGGGGAGUGUUGGUCUACCUUCGUGGGCAUGAAGGCAGGGGAAUUGGCUUAGGCCAUAAGCUUCGUGCAUAUAAUCUGCAAGAUGAUGGUCGUGAUACUGUUGAAGCCAACGAAGAACUGGGAUUGCCUGUUGACUCAAGAGAGUAUGGAAUUGGUGCCCAGAUAUUGAGGGAUUUGGGGGUUAGGACAAUGAAGCUUAUGACAAACAACCCAGCAAAAUACAUAGGGCUCAAGGGUUAUGGUCUUGCUGUGACUGGGAGAGUGCCUCUUGUCACUCCGAUAACCAUGGAGAAUAAGAGAUAUCUUGAAACUAAGCGUAAGAAGAUGGGUCACGUCUAUGGCCUAGACUUGAUUAGCAACGGAAGCAGUCCGAAGACUGAAAAUGGGAAACCGAGCACAACCAGUUCACCAGAUUCUGCUGUUAACUUGUAGGCUUGACUUGCUCAUUAUUUACUAAUUUAAUACCCAAACACAUGCUUCUUUUCAGCCAAUUCACAUUCACGCCAUGGAGUAAGCUUGCAACUCGACAUCAAAUGAUCGGCAAUUGCUUUUUAUAUGCUUUUUGUAUUAUUUGAGAAAGAUCACUGAUGUGGUUAUAUUGUAAUAUCAUGUCAUUUUUUUGUUCCCUUUAAAAUGUGUAAAAUAGCUUAUAUAAGCAAGUUUCAGGAAUGUAAUUCUCUCUGCUUCUCAUUCAAUGAAAUAAAAAGCUCUUGCAUCUA